GAGCAACUGGGCGCUGCCUAAGUCUGUUGGCGCCUAACUCCGUCGGAGUCCCAUCAUUCUCCAGAUCUGCAGAGUCAUUAUUUAAAUUCGCCAUCGUGAUGCCACGUCUCGCAUCCCCGCAAUGCUUCCUGUAGCUGUCAUAUCGGAUUGGUGGUAUCUCGGUGUCGUCUACAUUAUUGAGCGCGAGUGGAGGGGGGUUGGAAUGAGCUGCGUCGUUCGACUUCCUAAACCUAGAAUUAUGUACUUGGUCUAUGUAGUUGCAAGAUGUUUCGGCUAUACUUAUCGUGUCGUCUAUUGCUACGACCUAGCUGGACUCAUAACUGGUAUGGAGAACAUUGACCUGGAAGAGUUCGUCUUUGACCGCGUUCUGGAUGAAAACACGCUCGCACAUACUGUCGCUGUUCUGGGCACACUGCCAUCCCCAUCGACUUCCUCCGCGCCCCUCCGUGCCAUAAUUCGCUUCGAGCGCACGGCACUACCAUCUACACUCGCCUCUCAGCUUUCAUCUGGCAUUCUCGAAUCCAAAAAGCAGAUCGGAAGCACCGACAUUGCACCCUGGCUUCACAAGCGCGAUGACAUCCCCGACAUGAAGAUAUAUGUCAUCUGCCCUGCCACAGACGUCCACAUUCGCAAGUAUACAAAGCAGGACGUGCUCAUGGUGCACGAGACACCUGCUCUCUACCAGUCCAUCGUCCAACCCUACAUACUCGCCUUCGACCCCGCACGCACACAAUGGGUUCAGGACAUCCUCGCAGGCACCGCCGAAGCAUCUAGACCUAAUGUCUCCACCCUCUACCUCCUUGCACUCUAUACGCACUCUGACGUAUCAUGUAUGCGUGAUCUCCGUAAGAAGCACCACUUGGGCAUGCUCAAGACCCUCAGGAGAGAUGCUCGGAGAGUUGUGCAGGAUAAGAUGUACGUGCAUUAUCAGCCGAGUUAUUACCACUUCCACGUGCAUAUCGUCCACACUGCCCACCUACUGGAUGAUAUCAUUUCGUUGCUCGAACUAGACCCUGACGAUGGCCCUUCCAUCCUCGAGCACAUGACGUUCACUUAUGGACUCGGCACUGAACAUGGGUUGUACAAGCCCAUGGCCGCAGCACUUGCAGAGAUGCAUGACGAUGUGGAUUAGAUGGCGAUGAGAACGGACGACAGGGGACUAGGAGACCGUGAAAGGAUAUCCAUAUAAAGGUCUGAGACCAGCAGGAAGUACUAACAGUGUAACACUAUGCACGAGAAAAAUCCCCCGCAGAGAUUCGAGUACUGUGUCCGUCGUAGAGCGCAAUACCCCCGUUUGUAGCUGGGAUCGGCGCCCCACUGCGGAAAUACAUGAUAUCGAUGAGUAGGCUCUAGACUAGCCUGACUGUACUACCACGGAUGCUCGAAAUCCUCAACAUCUCAAAAAUGAGAGAUCG